UGAGCCGAGAUCGCUCCACUGUAUUCCAGCCUGGGCUACAGAGCAAGACUCGUCUCAAAAAGAGAAAAUUCUCGCUUUUGCGGGUGGCGGCGAGCGCGGAGAGGACGCCAUGAAGGCUUCGGGCACCCUACGAGAGUACAAGGUGGUGGGUCGCUGCCUGCGCACCCCCAAAUGCCACACACCGCCCCUCUACCGCAUGCAAAUCUUUGCGCCUAAUCAUAUCGUCGCCAAGUCCCGCUUCUGGUACUUCGUAUCUCAGUUAAAGAAGAUGAAGAAGUCUUCAGGGGAGACUGUCUACUGUGGGCAGGUGUUUGAGACGCGCCCCCUGCGGGUGAAGAACUUCGGCAUCUGGCUGCGCUGUGACUCCCGGAGCGGCACCCACAACACGUACCGGGAGUACCGGAAGCUGACCACUGCGGGUGCUGUCACCCAGUGCUACCAAGACACGGGCGCUCGGCACCGCGCCCGGGCCCACUCCAUUCAGAUCAUGAAGGUGGAGGAGAUUGCAGCCAGCAAGUGCCGUCGGCCAGCUGUCAAGCAGUUCCACGACUCCAAGAUCAAGUUCCCACUGCCCCACCGGGUCCUGCGCCCUCAGCACAAGCCACGCUUCACCACCAAGAGGCCCAACACCUUCUUCGAGGUGCAGGGCCUUCGCCCGGGUGUGCCCCAAAUAAACUCAGAAACGUCCCGGUGGGAAAAAAAAAAUUCUCUUGGAACUGUUCUGUGCCUGUCAACUGCAUGGCGCUAGGGGGCGCUGCAGCACCACGGUGUUUUAUAGUCAUUACAACACUCGUCCAGCAGAUGGCGGCAAAGUGUUGGGGAAAGAGGAUGCCCUUUUGCCAAUCCCCAUAUAUUUUUCUGAUUUUCAUUUGUAUGGUAUGCAAACAUUUCCAAUUCUCAAAAUUUGGUCUCAGCUACCAUUCUAACUAUUUGAGGCUUACGCUCCUCUGUUUCCCGUCCACUCUGGGCCGAAGUCUUCCUGUCAGUGAAACAGGGAUGUUUAAAGGAGUUUUCUUGGGCCCGUUUCCCAGAGCUGUCCUGAUGACCCAUUUGGGGCAGUUUCUCUCUUGUUGGGGCGUGGAGCUGCUCUUAAGGCCCUGCCUGCUGGAUCCUCAAAUAACGAGAGUAAUCUAUUACUCUCAUCGCCACCUCCCUAACAAGCGCCUACAGUACUCGAACUAUUCUCCUCACCCUAACAGGAUCACCUCGCUUCCCAACCCUAGUAAACAUUAACGAAAAUAAUCCCACCCUACUAAACCCAAUCAAACGCCUCACAAUGGCUAGUAUUAUUACUGGAUUCCUUAUUACUAACAACAUCCCCCCAACCUCACCCCCUCAACCAACAAGACCCUACUAUCUAAAACUCUCGGCCCUAUACGCGACCGCCCUUGGUUUCCUAAUAGCCCUGGAUCUCACCCUCAUAACUAAUAAACUAAAAAUAAAUAACCCAUCACAAAUAUUUAAAUUCUCCAACAUACUAGGAUAUUUUCCCACCACAAUCCAUCGCAUAAUCCCAUAUCAAAACCUACUUACAAGUCAAAACUUGGCGCUCCUCCUACUAGACUCAAUGUGAUUAGAAAAAUCUAUACCCAAAAUAAUCACAUACACACACAUUACCGCCUCCAUAGCUGUGACUACUCAAAAAGGCAUAAUUAAACUCUACUUCCUUUCCUUCCUCAUUCCCCUUAUCUUAACCCCACUUUUAAUAAUAUAACCUAUUGCCCCGAGUAAUCUCAAUCACAAUAUACACGCCUACAAACAACGUCCAACCAGCAACCACCACUAACCAACGCCCAUAAUCAUACAAAGCACCUGCACCAAUAGAAUCCCCUCAGACCAACCCUGAUCCCUCUCCCUCAAAAAUUACCCAAUUCCCUAUAUUAUUAAAAUUAACUACCACCACCUCAUCAACACUCAAAACCCAUAAAACUAACCCUACCUCUAUUAUUAAGCCCACUAAAAGGCCCCCUAAAACCUCAAACCCCGAACCCGAUGUUUCAGGAUAUUCCUCAAUAGCCAUCGCUGUAGUAUAACCAAAAACAAUUAUUAUACCCCCCAAAUAAAUUAAAAACAGUAUUAAACCUAUAUAAGCCCCCCCAUAACUUAAAAUAAUCAUACAACCAAUCACACCACUAACAACCAAUGCUAGACCCCCAUAAAUAGGAGAAGGCUUAAAAGAAAACCCCACAAACCCCAUAACCAACAAUACACUUAAUGUAAAUAAAACAUAUGUCAUUGCUUCUGCAUGGACUUUAACCAUAACCAGUGAUACGAAAAACCACCGGUGUACUUCAACUACAAAAACACUAAUGAUUCCAAUACAUAAAUCCAACCCAAUCAUAAAAAUAGUCAACCACUCCCUCAUUGACCUACCCACCCCAUCCAAUAUUUCUAUAUGAUGAAACUUCGGCUCACUCCUCGCAUUCUGUCUAAUCCUACAAAUCAUUACAGGAUUAUUUUUGGCAAUACAGUACUCACCAGACACCUCUUCUGCCUUCUCCUCAAUCGCACACAUCCCUCGAGAUGUGAACUACGGCUGAAUCAUUCGCUAUCUCCACGCUAACGGUGCCUCCAUGUUCUUUAUCUGCCUCUUCCUACACAUAGGCCGAGGCCUCUACUAUGGCUCAUUCCUUCUCCUAAAAACUUGAAAUACUGGCAUUAUACUUCUACUCAUAACCAUGGCAACAGCUUUUAUGGGCUACGUACUCCCAUGAGGCCAAAUAUCAUUCUGAGGGGCAACGGUAAUUACAAAUCUACUAUCAGCAAUCCCAUACAUUGCAACCAAUCUCGUCCAAUGAGUCUGAGGCGGAUACUCCAUUGAUAGUCCUACUCUUACACGAUUCUUCACCCUUCACUUUAUUCUACCUUUCAUUAUCACUGCCCUCACAACUGUCCAUCUACUAUUCCUACACGAAACAGGAUCGAAUAAUCCCUGCGGAAUCUCCUCCGACUCAGACAAAAUCACCUUUCACCCUUACUACACAAUCAAAGAUAUCCUAGGCCUAGCCCUCCUCCUCCUCAUCCUAACAACAUUAAUACUAUUCUCACCUGAUCUCCUAAACGACCCAGAUAACUACACUCCAGCCAACCCACUAGUCACCCCUCCACAUAUUAAACCGGAAUGAUACUUCCUAUUCGCAUACGCAAUCCUACGGUCCGUCCCUAAUAAAUUAGGGGGCGUACUAGCACUCUUCCUAUCCAUUCUCAUCCUAGCAAUCAUUCCCAUACUCCACAAGUCUAAACAACAAAGCAUAAUAUUCCGCCCACUUAGCCAGUUCCUAUUCUGACUCCUAGUUACAACUCUACUAACUCUUACCUGAAUCGGAAGCCAACCGGUAAGCCAACCUUUCAUUAUUAUCGGCCAAACAGCAUCCGCAGUAUAUUUUAUCACAAUUCUAAUCCUAAUACCACCAGCCUCCUUGAUCGAAAACAACCUACUCAAAUGAACCUGCCCUUGUAGUAUAAACUAAUACGCUAGUCUUGUAAACUAGAAAUGGGAUAUAUCCCCUAGGACAACUCAGAAAGAAAGUAAUCAACUUCACCACCAACACCCAAAACUGGCAUUCUAGCUUAAACUACUUUCUGUAUUUUAUGGUGUACAAGCUCUACAGUACAACCUAAGUACUACCCCAUCUUCGUUACCAUUAUGUAAUUUGUGCAUUACUGCUAGCCAACAUGUCUAAUAUAUAGUACUAUAUAUGCUUAACUGUACAUAACACAUAUCCUUACAUAUUUACCCAAAUCUCUCGAAACACAUGCUUACAAACAAGGACUCUAAUGAACAACCCAACAGUAGUACAUAAAACACUCCCCCAAAGCCUAUCCAUCACCCCUUGGAUACCAACCAAAACAAACACUUAUUAACCGUACAUAGCACAUUAAACCAUUAAUCGAACAUAGCACAUAUCUAUUAAAACCAUUCUCUUCACCACAGAUGACCCCCCUCACUUAGGAAUCCCUUGUUCACCAUCCUCCGUGAAAUCAAUAUCCCACACAAGAGUGCUACUCUCCUCGCUCCGGGCCCAUAACUCGUGGGGGUAGCUAUAAAUGAACCGUAUCCGGCAUCUGGUUCUUACCUCAGGGCCAUAGCAAUCAAGAUCGCCCACACGUUCCCCUUAAAUAAGACAUCUCGAUGGAUCACGGGUCUAUCACCCUAUUAACCAGUCACGGGAGCUCUCCAUGCAUUUGGUAUCUUUUAUCUCUGGUCCGCACGCAGCCCCAUCGCAGAAUGCUGACUCCCACCACAUCCCGUCCUGUCGCGCCUGUCUUUGAUUCCUAGUCCAUACCAUUAUUAACCGCACCUACGUUCAAUAUCCUAGCCCCACAUGAGCAUUAGCAAGGUGUUAUUUAAUUCAUGCUUGUAAGACAUAUCAAUAAUCAACUCACGACAUUAUUCCCACAACAUUGCAAAAAAUGAAAAUUCCGUCAAACCCCGCCACCCCCAUCUCUGACCUCCACCUAAACCCACCUUUGCCAAACCCCAAAAACAAAAGUCCUAAUCCGCCCGGCCAGAGCUUGUAUUUUCAUCUUUUAGGUAUGCAUGCCUCAACUGCCACCUCCUCAACUAAUAUUUGUUUACUUCACUAACCACUCUUCACACUAACCACCCCCCCCAACCCCAAAGACACCAUUUACUAUCAUACCUACCUCCCCGUCUAUGUAGCUUAAACCUACCUAAAGCAAGACACUGAAAAUGCCUAGAUGGACUCACACGCCCCAUGGACAGAUAGGUUUGGUCCUAGCCUUUCUAUUGACCCUUAGCAAGAUUACACAUGCAAGCAUCUCCGCUCCAGUGAAGACACCCUACAAAUCACCAUGUCCAAGAGGAGUGAGUAUCAAGCGCGCAUAUGCAGCUCAAGACACUUUGCUCAGCCACGCCCCCACUGGAAACAGCAGUGACAAACCUUUAGCAAUAAACGAAAGUUUAACUAAGCUAUGCUAUAUCAAGGGUUGGUUAAUUUCGUGCCAGCCACCGCGGCCAUACGAUUAACCCGAGCCAAUAGAGACCGGCGUAGAGAGUGUUUUAGAUCUAAUCCAAUAAAGCUAAACUCUAUGUAAACUGUAAAAUCCUAGCUAACAUAAAAUAAACUACGAAAGUGGCUUUAAAAUUUCUGAACACACAAUAGCUAAGACCCAAACUGGGAUUAGAUACCCCACUAUGCUUAGCCCUAAACCUUAAUAGUUAAACAACAAAACUACUCGCCAGAAUACUACAAGCAACAGCUUGAAACUCAAAGGACUUGGCGAUGCUUCACAUCCCCCUAGAGGAGCCUGUUCCAUAAUCGAUAAACCCCGAUCCACCUCACCUUCUCUUGCUCAGCCUAUAUACCGCCAUCUUCAGCGAACCCUGAUAAAGGUUACAAAGUGAGCGCAAAUGCCCUUUCUCGCAAAAACGUUAGGUCAAGGUGUAGCCUAUGAGAUGGUAAAAAAUGGGCUACAUUUUCUACCUCAGAAAAUUCCACGAUAACUCUUAUGAAAUCUAAGAGUCCAAGGAGGAUUUAGCAGUAAAUUAAGAAUAGAGUGCUUAAUUGAAC